AUGAGGCCCUUAUUUUUACGCCUGCUCGCGUGCGUGGCCGGCGUCGCGUACGCCCAGGACAGCAGUCCUGGAGCGCCAGUGCACCCAGGUCAGCCGGAAGACUGCAAUGGCUGGCAUAAGGUCGUGAGCGGCGACGACUGCCAGUCCGUACCGAGGGACUAUGGCAUCACCUUUGACCAAUUUCUCGAAUGGAACCCAGCCGUCUCCAGCGACUGCUUGACUAACUUUUGGCUCGGCCAGGCGUACUGCGUGAGCACCGGUGAGCGAGCGAGCAGCGCACAGCCGACAGCAAGUGAGCCACUGUCUUCUUCUACCUCUUCUGUACCUUCCGCGCCGUCCAGCGACGUCGAGACGUCCAGCUUGGCAUCGUCGACUAUCCAAGAAGAGUACUCUACCCGCCAUCCGUCCAUCACCUUCAACAUCACGUCUACCACCAUUGACAGGGCUUGGCCACCGGAAAAAACCAAGGAAGGUUCGACACCAGAUCAGCCUAGACGAGCUUGGAAUCCUGUCCUCGACCAAGAUUGCAGCGGCCUCUUUGUAAACUGGUGGGUGUGUGUCGGGGUUCGGCCCCAAGGCGCACCCGCACAGUUCGAGUGGUCGACAGAGCCGCCAGACUUCACGCUCCCUGGAAAGCCGACGGACCACACACGUACCACCUUUCCGUCGGCGGACGGGACUUUCGUGCCCUCGCCAUCGCAUGGGCCCAUGCCGAUCUCGUGCAGCGGCUUCCACCGCGUGGAGAGCGGCCAAAACUGUGAAAAUGUCAUCGCCCAGUACGGCUUCAUCACCAAGGAGCAGUUUUUGGCGUGGAACCCUGCGCUGAGAGGCAACUGCAAUGGGCUCUGGGCUAACAACUUUUAUUGCGUGGCCAACUUUGAAAAAGGUCUGCCGCUGCCAUCGCACGCCACAGAGAAACCAGCGACACUCCCGUCGGGCAGUCCUAGCGACUGCGUCGCAUGGUAUGAGACCACGGGCGGAGACGGCUGCGCGCUUGUUGCUGACAUGUUUGGCACCUUUGCGGCGGAGGACUUCAUCGACUGGAACCCUAGCGUGUUGGACGACUGCUCGGGCAUCCAGGACCACGUCUGGUACUGUGUGGCUAAAGAGGACACACCCACCACCCGCACCAACACGCCCUCGGUAUCCACGGCGCCCGCGACUCGCCCUACGCAGUCAGGAGUGGCAGAUGACUGCACUGACUGGUGGCUGGUUGGGCUGGAUGAUGAUUGCGAACAGAUCUGCGACGAAACGGGCAUCAGUCCAACGAACCUGACGACCUGGAACACGGCCAUCGACGACGACUGCCAAGGCCUGGAGGUUGACAAGUAUAUCUGCGUCGGUGUCGAUGGAGAGUCGGACACGGACCCCAUUACGACCACGAGUGAUGAUUCGCCACCCGCUAGCACCGAGGUGGCCUCAACGACGUCUGCGGCCGACGACGAGGCAGUGAAGGUGCCGCAGCCCGUCCGUGAAGGCAUGACUGACAGCUGUCGUCAGUUUUAUAUGCAGCAGGAAGGCGAGUUCUGCUACGACAUGGCCGUCAAGAACGGCGUGUCUCUCGAGUAA